CGCCGGGUGCCGCGGCGCGCGCGGGCGGGCGGGUGCAGCGCUGCCCCCCCAUCCCUUCCCACAGCAGCAGCAGCCGCUGCCGCCGCCUCCUCACGGGGUUCGCACCCCCCUCUCCCUUCCCUUCCACACCCGCAGCCGCCGCUGCUCGCCUCGACUCUUCCAGCGAACGCAGACCGAGCCAUGCUGCUCCUGGCGGCCGCCUUCAUCGUGGCCUUCGUCCUCCUCCUUUACAUGGUGUCGCCGCUCAUCAGCCCCAAGCCCCUCAAGCUGCCCGGCGCUCAUGUCGUGGUAACUGGAGGCUCCAGUGGAAUUGGAAAAUGUAUUGCUAUUGAAUGCUAUAAGCAAGGUGCUUUCAUAACACUGAUCGCAAGGGAUGAGAACAAGCUGUUGCAGACAAAGAAGGAAAUAGAAAAGUAUUCUGUUAAUGACAAGCAGGUUGUACUAUGUAUUUCUGUUGAUGUAUCUAAAGACUACGAACAGGUGGAGAAUGUUCUAAAGCAGGCUCAGGAGAAACUGGGACCAGUUGACAUGCUUGUGAACUGUGCAGGAACAUCAGUUACAGGAAAAUUUGAGGAUAUUGAAGUGAAUUCUUUUGAAAGAUUAAUGGCAGUCAAUUAUCUGGGUAGUGUUUACCCAAGCCGAGCAGUAAUUGCUACCAUGAAGGAACGAAGAAUGGGAAGGCUUGUUUUUGUAUCAUCUCAGGCUGGGCAAUUAGGCCUGUUUGGUUAUACAGCUUAUUCUCCAACAAAGUUUGCUCUUCGAGGGUUGGCUGAAGCCCUGCAAAUGGAGGUAAAACCUUAUAAUAUCUACGUAACGGUGGCCUAUCCUCCAGAUACUGACACACCUGGCUUUGUAGAAGAAAGUAAAACAAAGCCUUUAGAAACGAAGCUAAUCUCUGAAACCUCAUCUGUUUGCCAAGCAGAACAAGUCGCCAGAGUUAUAGUCAAAGAUGCCAUACAAGGACACUUUAACAGCUCAGUUGGGUCAGAUGGUUACAUGCUGUCAAUAUUAACCAGUGGAAUGUCACCAGUCACUUCUAUUACUGAAGGUCUUCAGCAGGUUGUUUGCAUGGGCAUUUUUCGCAUCGUUGGCCUGUUUUACCUAGGAAGUUUUGACAGCAUAGUUCGUCGCUGCAUGAUGCAAAGGGAAAAAUCUGAAAGUGCAGAUAAAACUGAGUAAUUCUUACUUUGAAAUGAAAGAAGAAUGUCAAAAAGUCCCGGACAGCUUGCUGCUUAAGUGAGACUCGGUUUCUCUCCUGAAGGAUUUAGUCUGGAAGUACUUGCAUAUGUGACAGAUGAGUCUCCUUGAAAGCUAUGAAAGAAAACAAAAGUAUAACUCCAGAAAAUGCCAAACUAUGCAGAAGUGUGAAUGAGGAUUAGGAUUUUUUUUAUGGUGAUUUGAGUUUGAGAGAAUUUGGGGAACUUGAAAGUGUAGAGUUUGAGAAUGGACAUGGUAAUGGAAUGGUAGUUCUGGAUAAAUGCUUAAGUUUUCUCACUUUGGUGCUUAUGGGCAAAAUAAGUACCAUAAUAGACUGGGCCGAAGUAGAUUGAAGUCCCCCUGAACAAGUUGGUACCUUUUGCUAAUGUUUUGGGAUGAUUUUUAAUUUAGAAUGUUAACUUUUCCUUUGGCCAAUCUACAGAUCCUUCUGCCAAUGACAGCUUUCCUUACUUUAUUCAACAUGCAACGGUGGAAACCUUAAGAUGGCAGAUACAUUUGUAUGAUCCAAGCUUUCUCAGGGUGGGAGUAAUUAAAAAGUAUGAUUUAAUAUAUGCAUACUUUAUAAAGGGAGAUGAAGAACCCGUUCCCAAAGAGAAAUGCUUGGAGAUGUGGCUGGAUCUAUAGCUUUUCUGGCCUUUGAAGUAUGUUGUUAAAAAAAAUCAAACCAGUAUCCAGUGUGUUGAUUUUGACUUUCAGCAUUUUAAGCCAUUGAAAUAAUGUACAAUUUUUACAGAUACUUACUUUUUCUUAUCUGCCAGUUUUUGCUCUGGAAAGUAGCUUAAUGCUGCUGUUACAUACAUUGUUUUUCAAAGCUGCAAAUGAUGAGCCAAACCAGUAGUUGAUGAUAGAAUUCAGUUGUAAUUAACAUGCCAGGCUCUUCCAGUAGCAGGAAUGUAGCUUUUGGGUUGGGGAAGGAUUUGGGGGGGGGGGGAGGUGUGUCAGAAUGGCAUUCCACAUUCAUUUUUACCCCUACAUGGAACAACUUCCACAUGGCAAGAAAUGAUUGAAAAUACUCUCCUUCUAUGCCCCACUUCUGCUUCAUUUCAUUCACAUUAUAUGAAAUAAGGCUGCUCAAUAACUGCUUCAGAAUACACAGAACUCAGUGGUUGUUUCUACUACAUCUUAAGUUUAGCUCAAGUUAAUUUCUAAGUUUCUAAUAGAUCUUAAGUUUAUCUUAAGUUUGAUGGAUAACAAUAAUGUUUUAAGGGUGCACUAUAGAUACUGUUUAUUUAAUGGACCACUAUAGCAAGUGCCUUUUGAGCUGCUUUUUUUUUUCCCUAAAAGCUGUGUAUUUUGUAUUUGUUAGCACUGCUGUGUUUUCAGUGUUGCAUUUUCCAUCUUCAGUCAGUACUCAGAAUCUAAAAUUACUCAUAAAACUGGGCACUUUUGCUUCCUUGAAAGCAGUAUUUAGCAACAAAAUAGGCAAAAUCAAUUUGCUCUUGUUAAGAUAUUCUCUACAUCUAUUUAAGAAGAGGUGUUCAGUUAAAUAAUGGGUGGUUAACUGGAAAACAUUUAAAAUGUAAUUUAUUGAGGUUGUUUAUUUUCCUGCUCUGAAUUCAGUUGAUCGCUUUCCAAAUUUUAUUCGCCUAGACUAAGGUGGCUUUAAUGUCUGGUUUACCAAGAUGUAUUUUGGGGAGGUUCACAUUGGCACUCUUACUUUAAGUGGUUAGACUUUCAUUAGAUUGCAAACGUUGAAGCAUUGUAGAAUUCUUCACAAAGACUGUUUUAGGUCCUGCCUCCUGAUUUUGUUUAGAUAUGUGAAGUUGUGCAUGCCUGUAUUAUAAUACUGAUUUUGAGAACAGAGUGUAUUCCUGCAUUUUUAAACAGCUGGGCCUCAGUGCAAAGAAAUCUAAUGUGCUUACGUGUUUCCUGUGCUGCUUAAUGUGAAUGACAUAAUGGAGCAUUUAUACAUCCAUUGUCAACAGUGCUGUGUUUCCUACAGCAACAAAACAAUGCUAUUUGGACCCUAUUAUCUAUGUUAAUUCUUAGUUUGAUGCAAAUCAAAUACUCCUUUGACCACCUGCAAAAGAUACCAGGAUGGGUGAAUUGGUUGUGCUGUAGUUUGAAAAAAAUGCUUAUGUAGACGACUGACAUCAACAACACACGCUUGAAUGUCAGGACUUAAAACCAGUAAGUAAGACUUUUCAUACUUGAAUUUGUCGUCUUCAGCUUGGAAUGUUAAAUGCUUUGCAUUCAACAAAUGUAAUCCAGAAGGUCAGAGCACACACAAGACGCUGUGGAAAUUGGGCCUCUCUAAAAUAUUUCAGGUCGGACAUCUUAGACCGCUAAUCACUUUCUUGACUGAAGAGCCCUCCAAAUAAUGACUGAUAUAAUUCAAUGCAAGUGUUUCUGAAGGAGUAAUAAGAGUACUGGGUGAAAAUUAUGGCUCUGAUCUAUAGACACUUAGUUCACACCUAAUUUUGCAUGGUGUAACUGGUUGUAUUGACAGUAAAACUGUAGGUUGAACCCCUCAGCAAUUCUGGAAAAUGGAAUGAGGCAAGUUUUUUUGAAGGAACAAGUAAAUAAUAAUCUUUCUAAAUGUUCUAGUUUCUGCUGAUGCAAGUUAAUGCACUUAAAAUUAACUGAUGAACUUUUCAGUUGUUUUCUUGUCAAAACAUAGUAAACGAUCAACAGCAACCUUUGGUGUAAAUUUUGUUUUUCUUAUGCACAUUCUCUUAUCUGCCAAUGUACUCAUUUUAAGGUCCAAUAUUAAGUGAAGGAGAUGCCUUGUAAUUUUGUUGAAAACUAUUUAGCAGAUGAAAAACUGUUUUGCCAGUUUAAAUGUUACAAAACCUCUGCAUUCAAAUGUUUUAGCGGUGUAUUACAUCCAUGAAGAACUUUAAAUAAGCUUUAUUUACUUUUUGUCAAAUUGUCAAUAAUUUAAUCACUUGUGCCAUAUCAUUCGGUGUCUUGUCUCUUGUUUUCUUGGUCAAUCUUAGAUUCAAUUUAGGCUCUGAAAGUCUUUUCCAUUCCAUUUAGUUUCUAAUGACUGUCUGCUUUAAAUACAGAUUUAUUGUAACGUUACCUAUAGUUUACUUCACCAAGGUGUUCAUGUGCAAUUUAAAUAGAUUUAAUAUUUUACUAAGAAAAAAAGAUAUAGGUAAAUCAACUUUAUUUGCUGUGAAAAACUCUAGGCACUUUUAAAUGGUAAAAAUAUAUAGCGUUAUUUGUAAAAAAGAGAUUUUGUGCUUAUUGCUUCAUCAUUUUUGUGCCAGAACUGUAAACUAGUUUUCAUAUUUUAUAUUUCUCAAAUAAAU